AUGUCCCAAUUAACCUUAUUACCAACCGAACUCCUCCUCUCAAUCGCCGAAUCCCUCCCCAACCAAAAAGACCUCAGCGCCUUCACCCAAACCACAAAGAGAACAUACACAGUCCUCCAACCUUACCUAUACAAAAACAACAUCCAAAACCACGGCACUAGCGCCCUCCUCUGGGCCGCCAAGAAUGGCCACACAGUCCUGACCCAAAAAAUGCUCGAUGCAGGCGCCAGAAUAAGCGCCCGCACCUCCUCAAGUCUCAAUCACACCAACCCCACCAGCGUCACCCGGAUAGCGGGGAAUGCCGUCUCCCUCGCAGCCAGCGGUCCACACAUAGAAACCCUCACCUGUCUACUAUCCGAGAAAAGACCGGGCCAAGCAUGCGAUCCCAACCAAAUGCGCGAAGCACUAAACAAAGGUGCGAUCCCGGCGCAUAGUACCGAGGCGGUAAAGUUACUACUUCGGCACAAGGCUCCCCUCGAACCCGCAGACACCCUCCUGCCGAAUCCAUCCGCACUUGGCGCGGCUGUUGCUGCGAGAUGGGCUGGUAUUAUACCUUUCUUAUUAGAGGCUGGUGCUUGUCCCGGGAAGAAUGAGAUACCCACCCCGCUCGAGCGUGCGAUUACCAUGAACCAGCCGGAUAUCGUGGAUAUAUUACUUGAGGCGGGGAUCGGGCUUGUGGAUGAUGGGGGAUUAUGCAUUAUUGCAGAGCAGAAUAACCAGAGGUUGUUGGAGGUAUUUGUUGAAACGGGGCUUGAGGUUGGGAUGUGUUGGCAGGGGGCUUUGUUUGCAGCUGUUAUGCAUGGACAGACUGAGAUGGUGACUGGGUUAAUUGAGAAGGGGGCGAACCCGAAUUUGACUUAUGAUGUAUUUAUGUUGAGUUUUGAGUGUUUGCGAUAUAGUACUAUUGGGUUUGCGGUUCAGUUUGGACAAUUGGAAGUUUUGGAGCUGUUACUUGAGAAGGGGGUUCGUGCUGAACGGAGUGAUCUUAACUUGGCGCAGGAGGAGAGAUUUGAGGAGGCGGUGGCUCUUUUGUCUGAGUGUGAUUUUGAGGAUUUGCCACGGAAGGAGAAUGUACGUGAUUUUGUUGAGAAGAAGGUUCGAGAGAGACGGAGAACGGAGCCUGGGUAUGAGGGUCUUAAGAUGCAGGAUUCGCUUUGUGAUCCUGCCAUGCGCCUAGAGUUGGAGGAUGUGCGGGAUAAUAGCUAUCCAUGGGGGAAUGAUGGUACGCAAGGUUACACUAUGUACGUUUCUUAA